CUGAAAAUAGAAAGAGUUAACAAAACCAAAAACUAGUUUUUCAAAAAAUGGUGAAGAUCGAACUUGGAAGUGUGGGUGACUCAUUCAGUGUAUCAUCUCUAAAAGCUUACUUGUCUGAGUUUAUCGCAACUCUUCUCUUCGUAUUCGCAGGCGUUGGCUCUGCUAUAGCGUUUGACAAACUAACCUCUGAUGGAGCCUUGGACCCGGCUGGUCUUGUAGCGAUUGCGAUUGCUCAUGCGUUUGCUCUUUUUGUUGGAGUUUCCAUUGCGGCUAACAUAUCCGGUGGUCACCUUAACCCAGCUGUGACUCUUGGCCUUGCCAUCGGCGGAAACAUAACACUCAUCACAGGUUUCUUCUAUUGGAUUGCUCAGUGUCUUGGCUCCAUCGUCGCUUGUCUUCUCCUCGUCUUUGUUACCAAUGGAAAGAGCGUACCGACCCACGGAGUCGCAGCCGGUUUAGGAGCGGUCGAAGGUAUCGUGAUGGAAAUCGUUGUGACCUUUGCUUUGGUCUACACCGUUUACGCCACCGCAGCUGAUCCAAAGAAAGGAUCGCUCGGGACCAUCGCUCCAAUCGCUAUAGGCUUCAUAGUUGGUGCCAACAUCCUCGCUGCUGGUCCAUUCAGUGGUGGCUCCAUGAACCCAGCAAGGUCUUUCGGACCAGCUGUUGUGAGUGGUGACUUGUCCCAAAUCUGGAUCUAUUGGGUGGGACCACUUGUGGGUGGUGCACUUGCCGGACUUAUCUACGGUGAUGUGUUCAUCGGUUCUUAUGAAGCGGUAGAAACCCAUUGGAAUGAUAAUUCUUCGUCGUUAUUCGGAUCAGAGAAUCUGGAGGAAGAGUUUGAUGAGGGAAUUGUUAGAAGUGAAGAGACUUUCUCUCAGAUUCCUCAGCCUCAGACACCAAGGGAGCCAAUGAAGUUCCUGUCCAGAUCGUGGAGUCUAUCUGCUUCUGAAAUCUCCAAAGCUUUGGCGCAGAAACAGAGACAACACCGAGAUCUGUUUACUGUUGCCCAGAACAGUCCUAGAGGCUUCUUCCUAGAUGUUGCUGCAGAUCCACUCAUGGCAGAGAAUAUCAUGAACUCAGCUGGGACCCGUAGAUCAGGGAGAUUAUCAAGGUGGUUUCACCACAAACAACAAACCAAGCCAAGCACCAUGAGGAUCCCGAGGAAGAAAGAUAAAGCGCGUGUAGAGAAAGCCCAUGUUCACUCAGCUGUGUCCAUUGCAGCUCUGGCAGCUGGGUUGGCGUCUGUGACUUCUGAGGAAAGCUGCAGCAAAGAGUCAAGCUCGAUGAUGGCGCUGGCUCUAGCCUCAGCAACAGAGCUACUGGCUUCGCAUUGCAUUGACAUGGCUGAGCAAGCAGGUGCUGACCACACUUGUGUUGCUUCCACGGUCAGGUCUUCCAUUGAUAUCCACAGCCCUAGCGAUCUCAUGACUCUCACAGCCGCGGCUGCAACUGCAUUGAGAGGAGAAGCGGCUUUAAAGGUGAGGCAGCCGAAGGAAGCAAGGAAGAAUGCAACUAUCACACCUUGUGAAAGGAGCUUCUCAGACUCUCACUGGCCCGGCGCAAAUUGUCAGUUUAGAUUGGAGGAACCAAAUCUUCCUCUAGAGGGCGAACUGGUGCAAUGUGCACGAAAUGGAGUGCAGCGAAAUAAGCGAGUUUGUGUCUAUAUUAACAAGAAGUCCCAGGUCAUGAUAAAACUCAAAAGCAAACACGUUGGAGGGGCUUUCUCCAAGAAGAUCAAAUGCGUUGUUUAUGGAGUCUGCGACGAGAUAUCUGCGUGGCCUUACAGGAAAGAGAGGGAAAAUUCCGAAGAAGUCUAUUUUGGUCUGAAAACAGGACAGGGCCUUUUAGAGUUCAAGUGCAAGAGUAAGAUUCAGAAGCAGAGAUGGGUUGCUGGGAUUCAGUCUAAUCUCCGCUUAGUAAGUUGCCUUGAGGCUGCCAAAUGCUCUCUGGAAUCUCUGAGUUUCAGCGAUCGCAUGCGAUAGAGAAUCCUGUAAAUAUUUACUAUUCACAGUUUUUUCUGUUGUAAAUACUGCAAAUGAAUCAUCAAUCUUAUA